CUCUUUGCCCUUAUCUGAGCUGUAACGUCAUGGAAGCUUCGGUUGAGUUGCGACCUGAGUCCUCACUGAGUUCUAGAGUAAGCAAAUGAAGUGAGAGCUAAUGAAGAUUUCACUUGACCAGAUAAGCUUAUAAAAAUCAGUGUUGAAGAAGAGUAAAGAUGGCGAUGUUCCGUUACCGAGUUAUACUUUUGGACGACAUGAUCAUUGCGAGGGACCUGGAGAAAAAAGCAGUGGGCCAGGUUCUGUUUGAUAAAGUCUGUGAGUAUCUCAACCUGCUGGAGAGGGACUAUUUUGGCCUGGCAGCAUGGGAUUCGUCCAACAACAAGGUGUGGCUGGACCUUUCUAAACAGGUUCACAAGCAGAUCAUAAGUCCUGAUGCUACAUUUACAUUCAGUGUCAAGUUUUACCCACCUGACCCUUCUGUAUUGGCUGAGGACAUCACAAGAUACUUACUGUGUCUUCAGCUAAGGACAGACAUCCUGACUGGCCGUCUGCACUGUCCAUCAGAUAUGUUGACAGUUUUGGGAUCAUACGUGAUCCAGUCGGAAUUUGGGGAUUAUAAUCCUGAGUUACAUGGGAAAGAGUUUUUCAGUAAUAUUCCCCUCGCACCAAGUCAGACUCCAGAGCUGGAAGAGAAUGUGACAGAGCUGCAUCGUACACUCAAACCUAUGAGUCCUGCUGAAGCAGAUCAGCUUUUCCUAGAGAAUGUCAAGACGCUCGACCUGUACGGAGUACACCUGCAUCCUGCCAAGGAUGCCAGUGGAGAAGAUGUGAUGCUGGGGGUAUGUGCUGAUGGUCUAGUGGUGUAUGAGGAUGAGGAAAAGACACUGAGUUUCAACUGGGCAAGAGUUCUGAAUAUGACUUACACACGCAGCAACUUCCAUCUCAGGAUUUUUGACUCAGAGGAUGGAUCUGAAAAUACCAUCAAAUUCAUCCUGCCCAGCUACCGUGCCUGCAAAUGCCUGUGGAGAAAUGCUGUGGAGCAUCAUGCCUUCUUCAGGAACCGAGACAAGGCCCCAGAGGGACUGUUACGCUUGGGUUCUAGGUUUCAUUUCCAUGGGCGCACUCAAGCAGAAUCUCUAGAAGCCAGCUCCACCACCAAGAGACCAGCUCCACACUUCUCACGCUCAGCCAUCAAGAGAAAAGCAAAAGAGAGAAGCCUUGUGGCUUUGAAGCGCCCAAACCGAACUGAGGUUGACGAUUGGUUCCAAGUGCUUGGCUCUGAUGAAUCAUGGCCUACUACUGGCCCAGUGUCCCUGCAGUCCUCUCAAGCUGAAGAGCAGAGAGAAGAGCUGGAGUGGAAAGAAGGAACCUCAGAGAAGAGUAUAAGGGUUGUCAAAAUAAGACAAGAGGUUCAGGCUGUGACAGAACAACAUGAGGAACUGGAAAUGGAAAGAAACCUAAUGAGGCUAGAUAUGCACACAGACAAGGACAAACUAACAGGUGGAGAGAUCCUUGCUUAUAAAGAAAGAGAGGAAGUGGAUGAGCAGGAUAACGAGUGGUUUCAUCUGUUGGGUGGGCGCUCCUUUCACACUCAGCAUUCUUUGUCAUCCUUAUCUCCAGAUACUGGCAUUAUGGAAAGUGCUACAUUGCAGCUUUGGAAACUGCAAGCUGAUGAUUGGUAUGUCCUCCUCGAACCCCGUACUUAUCAGCCCACUUUUUGGACCCUGAAGAACCUAUCAUUGUCCCUGCAGUCCUCUCAGGCUAAAGAGCAGAGAGAAGAGCUGGAAUGGAUAGGAGGAACCUCACAGAAGAGUAUAAAGGUUGAGGCUGUGAUUGAACAGCAUGAGGAACUGGAAAUGGAAAGAAACAUACUGAGACCAGAUGCUGUUGGAGAAAAUCUAGAGUUGGAUAUUGAAGGCAAUGAGCAAAUACUAAAAGUUAUGAGGGAAAAAAUAGUACAAGAUGGGGAUGUGGAGGAAAUACAAACAGUAGUAAUGUAUGAGCAGAGAGCACAAGAAGUAGAAACUUAUACUGGACAAUCUCAGAAGGUUUUUGUUGAACAAAGAAUGAGAGGGAUGGAAGGAGUAGACACAGUACAUGAAUUGAUGUUAAAGACAAGGCAGGUAGUGUCUGAGGAAAAUAUAGAGGAGUUAGAGGAAACAUUACAAGAAGUGGAGAGUAUUGAACAAAGACUGCAGGACAUAGAAAGGCUGAAAGUCAGAUUACAGGAAGUAGAAAUUUUGGAGCAAAAACUAGCAAAAGUGCAGCAGGCAGGGAGACAACGAGGGGAGAGCGACGACUGGUACAUUUUGCUGGAGCACAAACUGAUGGAAUCUUCAGCACCUGCAAGAAUAUUAAGAGUGGAAACUUCUGAACAAAAGCUGCAGGAUAUUAAACAGAAAAUACAAGAACGAGAAGAGAGAGGUGACUGGUACCUUUUGCUGGAUCGCAAACCCUUGUUGGUAUCUUCAGCAAAUGCAGCGAUUGAUAUCCAGUCAUCUUCUGUACAUAUGGCAGAGGAACACAAUAACUUGGGCGAGGAAAAGAAAUGGAAUGAAGAGAGAGCAAUUCAUCUGAGAGAAACACAAACAACUUUACCAGCACAAAGAGAAGAGCAGACACAGAUACUGGUGGAUAAUUACUGGUUUAUCCAGCAGGAUGUUUCUCCUAAAGAAGAAGUGUUUGCUAAAGCUGUGGAUGUUUACAAAGAGACCACAGAGGAGGAAGUACAGCUAGUUGAAAAGGAAGUAAAGACAAUAACAUUUGAGGUGGACAGAAGAGAAAUGGUAGAAACAUCUCAUGAAGUGGUUCAGAUGAAUCCAGUACCUUUUGAGAAAAGAGGUGAUCCUUCAGCUGCUUCCACGGACACAGCAGAGCAAAAUGCAGAGAUUAGACGGUGGAUAGAGGCGAAACUCCAAAGAGCAAACACUCUAACACCUGUCCAGAUGAAAGAUGAUUGGCACAUUUUGCUGGAAUCUUUACUUCCUCUAUCAGGUGCUACCAUGGACACAGCAGAGCAAAAAGCAGCGAUUAGACGGAGGGUAGAGGCGAAACUCCAAAGAGCAAACACUCUAACACCUGUCCAGAUGAAAGAUGACUGGUACAUUUUGCUGGAAUUGCUUCCACGAUGUACACAGACCAUGCAACCUGCACUACCCCUGUCAGAUGCAGCAGGCCUGAGAUUUCAGCAAACAGUCACAAUCGAGGAAAAGGAAGUAACAUUUGACAAGAAGCCGAUGAUCAUCAAAGAGAAGCAAGUGAUAGUAGGAGGAAUGGAAAAGAAAAUUCCUGCCACAAUGCGUGAGGAUGAAGACAACUGGUUUGUGCUUUUUACACCAGCACAGAUUGAGAAGAAGGCCAUUUCCACAGCAGGUGUGUCAGAGAUGUGGAUUCUGGAAGAAAAGAGAUUAAGGGAGGUGCAGAAGGGGCGACUCAGAGAGGAUGUGAAGAGAAGCCAUGUGGUGGAGGACAGAAGACUUCAUCCCUCUGUGCCUGGACUAAAAGCAGAAGGGCGUCAUAGGGAAGUGAUUGAUGACUGGUUCCUCCUGCUGGAGCCUGUUUCUAAAAAAUCAGUGAGCGUGGACAGGAGAGCUGAGGAAGAUCGGUGUAGGAAGGAGGAGUUGUUUAAGAAGCAAACCUUGGCAGAAGAUAGAAAAAAAGUGGCAGGAUUCAAACCUCCUUCAGUUUCUGUCAUCGCACUGACUCCAGCUGACCAGCCAAUGACAUCAACGCCCACUGCACAAUCUGUUCGCAUCACAAGACCCACCUAUCAAGAGGAGAGUCUAAAGAGACUAGACAUCACGCAGGAGAUCACACAAGACAUAACGCAGGAAUCUAAGGUGGAAACAGAGUCCAUCAUUAAGAGAAAGAGAAGAGAGAAGAGAAUUGAGGGUGAAUCCAUUUACAUCCGUCACAGCAUUCUAAUGUUAGAGGACUCUGAUGUGACUCAGGAGUUGGUGUUGAGGCACCAUGCCAGCGUCAGCAAGUUAAAGCGCCUCUUUAUGGAAGACUUGCCUGUGUUUGGUCCCACUGAGUGGGACAGGCGUCUCUCAUCAUACACUCCUGUUGUCUACCCCAAAUUACCCAAUGGCGAGCUAUUUACUGGCAUAGACAUAAUGGGAGCAGAUGGAUUAUUGGCCAUGUGAUUUCGCUCCAGCCUGUUAUCCAGAGUGAAUCCUCUGUCAUAUCAACAGAACCUAUUUUCUUUGUUACACCAUUUUGUCAUUGAUGCAUUGCUAUUAUUACUUGGUAAUAUAAGCUGUAUACAGUUUUUAUUUUUAUCUGCAGUAAAUACUAUAGAACCUAUAUUUUGUAAUACUUAGCAUUACAGUGGUUUGUGGCCUAAAGCAGAUGUCUAAUAUCUGGUAACGAAUGUGAUGAUAUCACUGUUGAUGUAGGCUUGUCAGUAUUCAGUAGCUACAUUUUAAAAGCUGUGGAAACCUAACAAGAAUCAGAAUUGAAGCAAAAUAUGUGUAGGUUUGUUUGGGUAAUAUUAGCAUUAUGCCAGUCAUCAGAGACCAAUUAAAAUUAUCAGAAUUAAACCCCAAACUCAGAUCACUUUUAGGAUUGCAGACGUUCUUCAGCCAGUAUUAUCAGGAUCUUGGAAUGGUUGUUGAAAUGCUUUUAUUGUCAUUAUGUGUAUAGGUGUGGUUUUCAAAAUAAAUAAUAAGAAGAAGAGGCAGAAGAAUAAAAAAAUAGACUUAGAUUCACUUUGUAAAUGCCCAGUUAUAGUUUGUUUAUUAGGUUUACAGUCUGUAUAUGUAGAUAACACAAAAUUCCACUUACAGUCUGUUUGCACAAGUUUUGUUGAUUUAUUCUUGUCAUGACAAUACUUUAUUUGCCAUAAAGUCUGCUAAAAUAUUAA